AUGUUCAGAGAAAAUGAAGGCAGCAUCAUGACAGCUCCUGGUUUUGGCUCUAAUGGAUCUUCAUGCCAGCACAUGUUUGGCCCCACUGCCAGAACAAAGAUGCCUGGCUCACAUUUGAAACAUCUACACUGGUUGUACAUACAGCUGCUGAUUGUCAUUCUUGCAGGUCAGGCUGCCGGAAAUAACACCACCUCUGCUUCCUCCUCUCCUGAAAUAUCAAAUGCACAGAACAUAGUGCACUACUUUUUGGAUGUCAAUGUGGAUGUCAUCGGGCAGGAGCAGGAUGAAUCAGAUAUCAUUGCCUGGCCCUACUACUAUGACUGCAACGUCAAAAAGCCCUACAACUAUUACUACUGCUGCAACAACGUCAGAAAGCCCUACAACUACUACUACUGCUUCAACGUCAAAAAGCCCUACAUCUACUACUACUGCUUCAAUGUCAGAAAGCCCUACAACUACUACUACUGCUUCAACAACGUCAAAAAGCCCUACAUCUACUACUACUGCUUCAAUGUCAGAAAGCCCUACAACAACUACUACUGCUGCAACGUCAAAAAGCCCUACAACUACUACUACUGCUUCAACAACAUCAAAAAGCCCUACAACUACUACUACUGCUGCAACGUCAAAAAGCCCUACAACUACUACUACUGCUGCAACAACGUCAAAAAGCCCUACAACUACUACUACUGCUCCUUUUUACCCAACUCUGACGUGACCACAGUGGCGCCUGAUGAAGAGAAUGAAAAAACACCUAAUCCAAAUUCCAAUAACAAUCCGUCAAACAGGCUGCGGGUUGCACGUGAAGCAAAUGACAAGGGGACACAAGCCAGAAAUGGCGAAACAUCGGGCAUAUUUCAAAAACUUACAGUUUCAUGCUCCAAAAAGACUGCAAUUAAAAGCACCAAUUGUUCCGUGAUGCUGAGCCUGACACAGAGAGUUUCUCCAUGCUGUGUCCUCCGUACUCUCUGUGAAGCCAGUAAAUCUUCUCCUGAUAUCAAGGCUGUGGGGAGAAAAGUCGACAUAAUAAAUCCAAUACAAAAUGAAUGCAGUUCUAAUCCUAAAGAGGACAACAGCUGCAUUUAUACUGGUGGAGAAAGUGGAUCAUGUCUUGGAGGCUGCAGACUGAUUUUAAAUUUUACCAAAGAGGUUCCCAUCUGCAGCGUGUCAGCAAUCGUGUCGUUCGUGCUUCAGUCUGAGAACCAAAUCAGCAUCACAAGACCAGUGACCCGAGCAGCGAUUUGUGGAAAUCCUGAGGUCAGUCUACAAGAAUCAGAGCUCACAUGGGUGGUAGUUGACUUUGAGCCUGCUCCAUUUUGUACAGCAGUAGAACAAUCAAGCGGAAUUAAAUGUAAAAAUGGGGAAAGUUUGCUUGUGCUGCUUAAACAGCAGUGUGAUCAGCCGUUUACCACAGCAGGUCCAAAUGUGACAACAACCACACCAAACACGACCCUGUCUGUGAAUACAACAGAAUCCCCCAUGAACACCACAACCAAUGUCACAGUAACAACAACUCUUGCCACAACUGCAACCACCUUAAAUGUAUUAGCUACAGCAUUACCUCUCUCUUUGUUGACCACAGCUGAGGGCCAAGCCAACGCACUCCUGGAGACGACGAAGGACGUGUCCAAUCUGAAUGCUAGCCAGGUGAAUCAGCUGGUGUCUGAGCUGGAGAGGCUUUUGUCUGGCCCAAAUGUCAGCCUGGCGCUAGGAACAAUUGCGAUCCAGAUUGUCAGCAACCUGCUGGGUGCUUCUCCUGAAGUGGUGUCUGAGUCCUCAAACAGGAUUAUAGGGAUUGUUGACACAGUGGGGUUGAGGCUGGUCCUCGAUGGACAGGAUCAGACCAUCUUGGCCUCAGACCUGGCAUUGGGAGUGACACCAGCAGAUGGCGAGAACUUUCAGGAAACAAGUUUUUCCAUCUCAGACCCAGACAAUGUACAGCUUAGUGGGGGUUCCCGGCUCAGGAGAAGUGUGAGAACAGACUCCUCCAUCCCACAGGGCUCCGUCAGACUGCCAGCCUCCCUCACACAGAACCUCAGCUCUGAGGAGCAGCAGCUCGCCUCCAGAGUCCAGUUCAACUUUUACCAGAGGAGCACGGUGUUUCAGGACAGAUCUUUGGGAUCACGCAGACUAAACAGCGGCAUCCUUGGAGCAAGUGUGGCCAACUUAUCAAUCUCGGGCCUGCAGGAGAGUAUAAUAAUUAACCUGCGAAACAUAGAGCCUGUUCCUGCAAAUUUUGUGGCUACGUGUGUAUUCUGGGAUUUUACAUUGAAUGAUGAAUCAGGUGGUUGGAAUCAAGAUGGCUGCUCUGUACAGCAGAGUGAUGACAAUGAGACAGUUUGUGCCUGCAGCCACUUAACAAAUUUUGCCAUCUUGCUGGACCUCUCCAGGACGCCUCUGACCAGCCGACUCCAGGCCACCAUCCUGACCUUCAUCACUUACAUCGGCUGUGGAGUCUCUGCUAUCUUUCUGGCUGUCACCCUCCUCACGUACCUGGCAUUUGGGAAGCUCCGUAAAGACAUCCCAUCUAAAAUCCUGAUCCAGCUGUGCUUUGCUCUGCUGCUGCUGAAUCUGGUCUUCCUCGUCGACGCUUGGCUCGCUCUCUACCCGGACGCUGUGGGCCUCUGCAUCUCUACCGCCUGGUUCCUUCACUACUUCCUGCUGGUGGCCUUCACCUGGAUGGGACUGGAGGCGGUCCACAUGUACCUAGCCCUGGUGAAGGUCUUUAACAGCUACAUAUCACGCUACAUGCUGAAGUUCUCCCUGGUGGGCUGGGGUGUCCCGAUGAUCAUGGUCAUUAUUGUCAUCGCCAUUGACAAGGAUAACUACGGUCUCGUCUCCUAUGGGAGGUUUACUGAUGGCACUAGUGAUGAUUUCUGCUGGCUUAAGAAUGAUAUUGCCUUCUACGUGGCGGUGGUGGCCUACUUCUGCGUCAUCUUCCUCUUCAACCUGGUCAUGUUUGUUGUGGUGUUGGUGCAGCUGUGUCGGAUAAAGAGGCAGAACCCGCACAAUUCAAGCCACCGAACCACACUGCAGGAUGUACGCAGCGUGGCGGGGAUAACCAUCCUCCUGGGUCUUACUUGGGGCUUCGCUUUUUUCGCCUGGGGGCCUGUUAACCUGGCGUUCAUGUACCUCUUUGCCAUCUUUAACUCUUUGCAAGGUUUCUUUAUAUUUGUGUUCCACUGUGCGGUGAAGGAAAACGUGAGGAGGCAGUGGAGGACGUACCUGUGCUGCGGCAGGAUGAGACUAGCAGAGAACUCAGAAUGGAGCCGCACUGCAACACAGAAGACGAUGAAGAAGUCAUCAGGAAUAACAUCUGAUCAUUCAUCACAGUUCUCCCAGUCCAACAGCUCGUCCUCUUUCCUCGUCACCGACUCCUCAGAUCAGGUUAACGGCAUCAGUAGUCCAUAUGAGGACCGAUCGAUUACAGCUGAUGAAGAGCCUAACUCAGACGUGGUCCUUAACGAAAUCAACAGACAGUACAGAAACCAGCAAGGAUUGUGA